AUGGACCAUGGACACCUUCAUCAUGUCAGUGUUGGUGUCGACCCAAGCAGUGGAGCUGGUGGUGGCGAAAGGUUUCCACAAUGGAGCGUUCAAGAAACAGGGGAGUUCCUAAUGAUACGAGCCGAACUGGAUCCAAGGUUCAUGGAAAUUAAACGUAAUAAGCUUCUUUGGGAAGUGAUAUCGAGGAAGAUGAAGGAGAGGGGGUAUAAUCGCAGUGCUGAGCAGUGCAAAGCAAAAUGGAAGAAUCUUGUUACACGUUAUAAGGGAUGCGAAACGGUAGAAGAUGAUUCUGUGAGGCAACAAUUUCCAUUCUACAAUGAUCUGGACGCCAUUUUCACAGCUCGAAUGCAAAGGAUGUUAUGGACAGAAACAGAAGGAUCUAAAAAGAGAAUGAUGCCGUUUUCUUCUGAUGAUGAUGAGGAAAGCGAUUUAGAAAAGACUAAAAAGAAAAAGGUGGCUAUAAAGAGUAGCAACAUCGGAACCUAUAGUAACACGAAGGAGAUACUGGGGGAAUUCAUGAAGCAACAAAUGCAGAUAGAGAAGCAAUGGAUGAAAGCAUUCGAGGAGAAAGAAGAAGAAAGGAGAUCGAAGGAGAUGGAAUGGAGGCAGACGAUGAUGGCAUUGGAGAAGGAAAGAAUGAUGUUGGAUCAGAGGUGGAGAGAGAAGGAAGAACAAAGAAUGAUGAGAGAAGAAGUAAGAUCUCAAAAACGAGAUGCUCUUUUUACUGCACUUUUUAACAUGCUUGCAAGGCAAGAUUUGUAA